AUGUCACAAGGUUCAAUGAGUGUUCAUUCACUUAUAGAUAGAUUUUCGAAUCCAGAGCGUUCACAAUCAACGGAUCAUGAUAAAUUAAUAGAAAAGAAAAAGCAAGCAAGCGAUGAAGAACGACUAAAGGGAGUCUCUAAAGAGGCUAUUGAGCAGUCUGGGAUUUUACUGCUCCUUGGACCAAACGUCAGCUCCUUCCCUUUCUCAGAAGAAGCUUAUGUUGAAUCGGUUAAGCUUAAGGCUGAACAGGAAAAGACUAAACAAGAGUACUACAGAGCAGAAAUAGCAAAUAAGAACUAUUCUAUCAUACAAACUGCAUUGAGGGCACAGAUACCUCCGAACUUGAUACCAUUCAUGUGUGUUGGGAUAUUACCUGAGCAGCAACAACAUCAGCAACAACAACAACAUCAACAGCAAGAGCAAUCAAAUCCAGACGAACAGAAGACUCCGAACUCUGGGCUUCCUCCUCAUAAGAUAGGUCAAGAAGGAUCCUUAGGAAAAACACAUAGCAGAGGCAGCAGCAGAUCGGACCCACGGCAAGUAGAUCUGCUCAAUGCUUCACCGGUACCUUUAGCAAACUUCAAAUUUGGCAGUGGGACACCGAACUCCAGAAGGCCUCUCUCGCCGGCAAAGAUUGGGGCUGCUGCUGUUGCUAACUUGGCUAACCCAAGUGCACCUUAUAGAACAGGGCCAAGAAGGUCAUCGAGGAUCAUUCCACUGCAUCAACGUCAUUUUUCAAUGCCCACAGAGCCAAGUAGGCCAAAGAAUCAAAGCUUGGAUCAUAACAAAGCGGAAGAGAGUCCGUCACUGAAAAUUCCUGGUCAACUGCUGGGCCCAAGUCUUGCUCCCGGAUUCACCCCGGCUCCAUCAGUAUCUAAUUUAACUCCAACUAUCGUCACGAAUUUAGAUAACAGUGGACCUUCUCUGCAGCUACUGUCUCCGUUAGGGUCAACUUCUUCGAUCCAAGUCAAGCCUUCUCCUGCUCAGCCUUUGCAUAAGCAGAGCAAACUGAAUCGUCCGUUAUCUCAGGAAUCAAUGCAGUCAUUCCAGCAUGUAAUUCAGUUUCAUCAUUGGAAACCUGGUGCACCAAUACAAGGUCCCAGUGGAGGCAUUCCUCACAAUAGUCCAUCUCCCAACCCAUUCCGCCAGCAAAACCCGAUGCAACAGAGUCACAAAAGACAUAAGUCACGAUCUGAAAAUAUGUCUAUUGAUCUUGUUCCCUCCAUUCAUAUAGCUUCGGCUUCGAAAGAGAGCCAAAGUGCUGACGAAUCCGAUCCCCAUGAUUCACACGAAGAGGACAUAACAAUGGACACAAGCACUGUUGCUGAUGGCGAAAAGUCAGAUCGACGCAGAGAUUCGGAAGGCUCGAAGUCCAAUGUUGGACGAUAUCCUCACGACAUACUUUCUCCCUCUAAUAAUUAG